UAGAAGCUCAUAGUGAUGUUACGACUUCUCUUUAGGAUUUGUCACAUGAUGUUAAAAGGUCAUAACCUAACAACUCAACAGCCCUUCCACCAUCUUGCAUGGAGGAAGCAGCUUCUUCCAUCUGUAGUCUUGCAUAACACAGUAAGAUGCAUGUUUAUUCAAACUCAGGACACACCAAACCCAAACAGCCUGAAGUUUAUUCCAGGCAAAGAAGUGCUGGAUUCCAGGACUAUGGAGUUUUCCAGCCCAGCCGCAGCAUUUUGCUCACCUCUAGCAAGGCAAUUAUUCAGAAUUGAAGGAGUUAAAAGCAUUUUCUUUGGGCCAGACUUCAUCACCAUCACCAAGGAGAGUGAAGACCUGGAUUGGAACUUGCUGAAACCAGAUAUUUAUGCAACUAUAAUGGAUUUCUUUGCCUCGGGUUUACCUGUACUUACUGAAGAGGCACCUAGGACAGAUACAGCACAGUCAGAAGAAGAUGAUGAAGUUGUAUUAAUGAUUAAAGAACUGCUGGAUACAAGAAUAAGGCCAACAGUGCAAGAAGACGGUGGUGAUGUUAUUUAUAAAGGCUUUGAGGAUGGCAUUGUGCAGCUGAAGUUGCAGGGUUCAUGCACCAGCUGUCCCAGUUCCAUCAUCACCCUGAAGAAUGGGAUACAGAACAUGCUCCAGUUCUACAUCCCUGAAGUGGAAGGCGUGGAACAGGUUGUUGAUGAUGAUGAUGAUGUGGAGAAAGAAGCAAAUUCUACGUGAGCUUACAUCAUCAAUGGCCAAAUCACUAUUUAUUUCUUGUAUGUAAAUCAUUCUUUUCUGUGGAACAACCAAAUCUGCCUUUCUCAUCAGAAAAAGUCUAACGCUUUCCACCUGUGAAAGUAUCUCCUCCGCGUCAGCAGCGUGUUCACUAAUUUAUUAAAUGCUCUCUAUUCAAAAAAAUAA